CCCUUUUUAGUCUGUUAUUUUGAUAUUUUUCAAAUUGCGUUCAGUUGAAUGGAACACUUUUGAUUACCUAUUCAAGCUUCAAAGUUUCAAACUGGCUGUGGUUCGCGUUUUUCAUGUUUUCUAUUUUUUGAAUCAGCACACACUGGUAUAAAUUAUUAACUCUUUACAAUUGUUUGUAAAGACCAAAUAAUUCAAGUGACAAUUAAAACACUGCUCAUUAUGUUUAAGGAUUUGAUUCUCGGUAGGACUCAAUUGAGUGGUAAUUCAAAUAAUAUUUCGUGGUCUGAGGAUGGUUAUGUUGCAUUUGCAACUGGUUCCACAAUCUCAAUCUUGAAUCCUAACCCCACCAAAACAUCCAUUUAUAAAUCUGCGUCUGAUCUUUUCACGUUAUCAGCUACAGGAGAUAUAAAAAGUUAUAGAAAAAACGAAGAAAACAGGACAAUUUUGAAUGAAAGGUUAUCAAUAUGUUGCAAUCCUCUGGAUGAGUUUAUCACAUCAGUUUCUUGGUCUCCAUCUAAUUAUUCAGAUCACAGCUCCUGUUUAUUAGCAGGUUUGACCAACUCUCAGAAAUGUUACAUUUUUGAACAAGCUAGCUACAAUCCAAACAAUAACACUUUUAUUUGGAAAUUAAAAUUUGAUUUAUUUGAAGAGCUAAAAUAUCUACUUGAUGUGAAAAAUCUUAUUGAUCAAGCUAAAGUUGAAUCAUUGAGAAUUCACUCAAUUGGCUGGUGUCCAAGAAUUUCCAAUUCUGUUAGUAACGAAUUUACCAAAUUUGUAGUGAUUGGAACAGAGGAUGGGAGGAUCAACUUUUUUCAAAUCAAUAAAUCCGAUGGUCAAUCACAAUUACAAUUUAUAUCGUUCUCAUCGAUUACAAUAGCAAACAACUGGAUCAUAAAAUUAGAUUGGUCACCUUGGAUUCAAAUUGAUGAUAACAGCAAUCUAUUUGUCUCCAAGUUGUCCAUUGUUACAUCAGAUAAUUUACUAUUUGUUCAAACAAUUUAUUUCAACAGAUUGGAUUAUAAAUUAUAUUUUGACCAUCUAUCAGUUCAGCACUUGGUUAGUUUUUCAUUUAAGGGGUUGUUGGAAACAAGCAUUCUUAGAGUUUUGAUAAACAAAAAUAGGUUUUUUAUCAAAUCAAUCGAUUGGCUACUUUAUAAACACAGAUCUAGUCUAGAUAUUGAUGGAUUUUUUCAAGAAGAUUUGCUUUUGAUAGUGUCUUCAACUGCAUCAAUUCAGGCAUUUUACAUGGUAAGCAACGUUUUUUAUGAGUUUAGUUUAUCUGCAGUUAAAGGGGUGAAUUUCAGUGGAUUGAUAAUUAAUCCUGUUAAUGAUUCGAAAAAGAGUUUUGAGUUAUUAAUGGUUGAAAAGGAGAUUCUAUCAAGUACAAUAGAUUGUAAUGAAAAUAUUAUUGAAAAUGAAAGUGGAAAUGAAGCCCCAAUAGAAAUCGAAAUUGAAGCAGAAACAAAAGCAGAAGCUGAAUCAGAAAUUAAAAGAGAAAAAUUAACUUAUGCUAAAAAUGGUGAUAUUUAUGAAAAUGUGGCAAAUGUUUUUCUUAAUUUUGAGGAUGGAUUUUUUGAUAAAAAGCCAAAUUCAAGCAUAGAAUACCAAGAGAAUUUAAAUAAUUUGAGAUUGAGUAAACUAUUGAGUGUGAUUAAUCAAGAUUAUAAGGGAUUUUUGAAAAGUUUUAUUUUCAAAAAAGUUGAUAGCUGGAAAGUAAAAAAUUUAGUCAACUAUGAAGACGAUCUUGGGAUUGUAUUUCAAAUAUUAGGAAUUUGCUCAAAUCCAGCUAAAAAUGGAUUGGUUUUAAUGCAUAAAAUCACGUCAGUUAAUGAGCUAAGUUAUAAUAUCAAAGCGAGAAAUGAUAUUUGCUUAUCACUUAUUCCAAUGUUUGGUGAGAAAGAAUCCAAAGUUUUAAAAGAAUUUUUUAGUGUAAAUAAAUUUAAUUGCGACCAAAAUAUAGGUGAUAUAGCUGGGUUAGCCAAUUUUCAAGUGAAAUUGUUAGUAAAUUUAGUGGAAAAUGAAUUUAAAACCAAUAGAGAAUGCUUAAUGAAUUGGUUUAUUUAUUACAAUUUAAUACGCCAAAGUUUUUUCAAGCAUCUUUUGGUUUCAAAUGUACUAAUUGUGAGAAAUUUUAAAGAAGUUGGGGCAUUACUUGAUACAGAUAAUUUGGAGAAUUAUAGAUUGAAAGAAGCUGAGGAUAAAACAAAUGAAAAAGUUAGUCGAGAUGGAGAUAAAAUACAGAAAUUUACAAAUGAGGAAGAAAAAAUAUUAAACUUGAAAAAAAGAUUGGAGCAGGAUGUCUGUCUCAAUGAAAAACUACAUAGGCUAAAAUUGUUUUAUUAUUUGGUUAGAAAACUUGAUAAGCCUGAAGAAUUAAGCAAAGAAGACCAUGCAAUUUGUCAAAUCAAAAUGCAGUAUUAUUCACUUCAAAACGUCGAUAAAGGAAAUAACAAUCAAGUAGCAGAAAAUAAUACGGAAAAUGAAAAGCCAUUUUUAAACUCAAAGAUAAGAAAAAAAUUAAGAUACCUAGAAAAUGAUGCGAUAUAUAGCAAGUUAAAAGAAAAAUUUGAGAAAAGAGUGAUGGAAAAAAUAGGCACAGUGAUCAUAGAGUCUAUUGAUAAGUAUAGAAUGAAAGUUGAAGGUUCUUUAGACAAAGCAAUUUAUCAUAGUUUGAUCAAGGUAACUGAAGAUAUGAGACUAGCAGCUGAUAAUGAGAAACUGACAACUAACACAAAGAAAUCGAUAAUCGAGUUUAGAAAUAGUGAUUAUCCAGACGAAGUAUUUCUCUUUGAUUUUGAUUCACCCAAAAACAGCAGUUUAGGUGUUUUAUUUGCUGAAGAUGAAGCAGGAAGAGAAACAGAAAUAGACACAGAACUAAUUGGAUUGUCAGAGAUGGAAUGGAGAAGAUGUGGACUAACAUUGCUCCCCAUCUUGGACCCAUCAGUGAAAAACUGCUUUUGCUGUGGGAAGAAAUACAUAGACUGGGAGAGCUACAUUCGCCAGUACGGCGGCAAGGAAAAGGACAACUGGUUGUUCAAGACCCUUUUCCAGAGUUUUACAUCGUGUGUGUACUGUGGAGGAAAGUUCUUUCCCAGAAGAUGAAGCAACAUCAGUAUGGUAGUCAUUGCCGCAAAAAUAUGUUGGAGAUGCAUUAGGGCUCUGGAGCAGGGCUCUAAAAAGGCUCCGGCUUGAUGGAGCGUGCAUUCUGCAUAUUGCCGUCUGAGAACGUGCACUGCGCAUUAUGUCGCACA